AUAAGAGACUUUUGCUGCUCCGAAGGAUCUAACAGUGCGGGCUUUACCGCACUGGCUUCAGCUCAUGAUUUUAUGCGAACCGGAUUUGGUUCUUGAGCAGACAUGGGGCUCGUGUGCAACGUGUCUGUUUUUAUUAGCUAGCUGUGUUUAAGGAAGCUGUCCCGAAGGAGGACGCGUAAUCCCGGGGUGCUCGAGGAGGAGAGUGGGGCAGCAUCGCUGUUUGCUAACUACCGAGUCUGCAGACCGGGACGGGAAUGGUGCUCUGGACCGACUCUUUGUACCGUCAGAGACAGGCGAGGGGUUCGAGGGCCAGGCCAGCGAGCUGUAAUAUUUGGACUCAAAGUGUUUUUCCUCAGAGGGAGCGGCUUCAGUCCGGACGGGUGAUUUUUUGUGGUGCGAGCUAGCUGGCAGGCUAGCUGAGGGAGGCGACCCCCACUAACUGGCGGAGGCUUUUUUUCUUUCCAGACUGCAGCGAAGGCUAUUGGUGCUGGUGUUUUUAUUUAUAUCUAUUUUACUAAAACUAAGAUGAACCCGUCUGGAAUCCAAGUGAAGCGCUAAUUACCCCUGAAUACUAAAAUACUACGCGAGUUUUUUUUAAUCGCAACUUUUUUGGACUAGCAUUAAGACUUGACGAGAAAAGUUCCAAGUGGCUAAGUUUGCUAGCUGCUGCUAACAGUAAACAUUUAAUCUGUCCGGGACUUUUUUCUCCACUUCGGAUGCUGGAUUCACACAAUAAUUGCAAUUAUGAUGAUAAUAAGCAGAAAACCAGAGGGCCCCAUAGCAACAGCACGCCAUGGUGACGGCCUGUACGACUCUUACAUGAGGACAGACCACAUCCUAAAGGACGAAGCUGAUGUAAACAGUCCUUCUGGGUUGCCCCCAAUGCCCAAACACACAGUCAUUAGUAACAAGGUUGUGACAAAGGAUCAGGUGAUCAUACGCGGUGGCCAGCUGAAGGUCAAGCACCUGUAUGAAGACUCCACCAUUACCCGAAAAAUCAACACCAUAACCACAGCGAUCGCUCAGAACGGUGGGAGCACUGGCCAGACGCCCACCAAGUCUGCCCCCGUCUCCAGCCUGUCCAAGGAGCACAGUGUGGACAGCACUGAGUCCAGUAAGGGCUCGAGCAAUUCUUCUGGCUCACACAGCGCUGGAAAGGGAGGAAGCAAGGUUUACGGCCCGUUGACGCCCGACCAGGCUUUGAGACUUUACCGAUCUCAGCUCACCACCCUGGAGCAGACAGAGAUCCACUCCUACCCAGGUGUUUACUUUGUGGGACCCAAUGCCAAGAAAAGGCCUUCCGUCGCUGGAGGCAACAACAACUGUGGUUACGAUGACGAGCAGGGCGGAUACAUCCAUGUUCCCCACGACCACCUGGCAUACCGAUACGAGUUCCUGAAAAUAAUUGGUAAAGGUAGCUUUGGACAGGUGGCUAAAGUUUACGAUCACAAAAUGCAUCAACACCUGGCUCUGAAAAUGGUGCGCAACGAGAAGCGCUUCCACCGGCAAGCGCAGGAAGAAAUCCGCAUCCUGGAGCACUUGCGCAAGCAGGAUCGUAACGGCACCAUGAAUGUCGUGCACAUGCUUGAAAACUUCACCUUCCGCAACCACAUCUGCAUGACCUUUGAGCUGCUGAGCAUGAACCUGUAUGAGCUGAUCAAGCGCAACAAGUUCCAGGGCUUCAGUCUGCUUCUGGUCAGGAAGUUUGCACACUCCAUCCUGCAGUGCCUCGACGCCCUGUACAGGCACAGGAUCAUCCACUGCGACCUGAAGCCAGAGAACAUCCUGCUGAAACAGCACGGCCGCAGCGGCAUCAAGGUGAUCGACUUUGGCUCCAGUUGUUUCGAGCACCAGCGAGUGUACACGUACAUUCAGUCUCGCUUCUACCGAGCCCCGGAGGUGAUCCUCGGUUCUCGUUAUGGUCUCCCCAUCGACAUGUGGAGCUUCGGCUGCAUCCUGGCCGAGCUGCUGACCGGGCACCCGUUGUUCCCCGGCGAGGACGAGGGCGACCAGCUGGCUUGUGUCAUGGAGCUACUGGGCAUGCCCCCGCAAACGCUCCUGGAGCAGGCCAAAAGAGCCAAGAACUUCAUCAAUUCCAAGGGCCACCCCCGCUACUGUGGAGUCAACACCCUGCCAACGGGGGCCACCGUGCUGACGGGGUCCCGUUCCCGCCGCGGCAAAACAAGGGGCCCUCCGGGCAGCAAGGACUGGAGUGUUGCACUCAAGGGCUGCGAGGACCCCACCUUUACUGACUUCUUAAAGAAGUGUUUGGACUGGGACCCCUCGUCUCGCCUCACCCCCAGCCAGGCCCUCAGACACCCCUGGCUGUAUCACCGGCUUCCCAAACCCCUCCCCGAGACUGAGAAGAGCCACGGGGCCACUGUGAAACCCCUCGCCGAGCACCACAGCACUUCCUUUCCCUCCAUCCUGGCCAAGGGGGGGUCGGGUUUAGCCACCACAGCUGCCAGCAACAAACUGAAGAGCACCAUGAUGGGAGAUUCGGGGGAGGCCAUACCUCUUCGCACAGUCCUUCCUAAACUCGUCUCCUAAUAAAGAGAGAGAAACCUCCUCUUUGUGUCCACGCGCUCCUCCGGAGGAGAAGUGGUUUUAAGACUCGUUUGCUUGUUGUUUUUAUUUGUUUUCUACUGAGAGGUGUCGACACCCCCAGUUCCUGGUUUAAUAUUAGCGAAACACAGACGAGGAAAGAUGAUAAAAAUAAUUUUAAAAAAGCAUUAAAGUUUUUAUAUGGUGGCUGUAAAUGUGCAGUUCACAGCCGUUGAGAAGGUUUGAUUUAGAUGAUGCUUUGACGCCUCGUGUGAUCAGACGGCUUCGAUUUGGAGAAAAUGUUUUUAACCACGAUUUCACACGAGCGUUUUGUGUUUCAGAGAAAACGCUCGAGCACACCUGCACUGUCACUCGACCCAUUUCACACACGACACCGCCAUUUUCAUACGCGUGAAACUUGAAAAGGGCUACAGAGAUUAUACUCUUAUGUUAGACUUGCCAGGAAGAUAAGUUUAUAGGACGAAAAGAAAUCACGUUUUAGUGUUUU